CCUCAUGAUACACCAGACCUUGCGCUAACCCAAUGACGGCGGCACAGCCCAGACCACACGAGGUCUUACCUCUGGAAAAGGCUAUGUCCGGCUUUCAUCUUACCAUGGUUCAUUGAAGCCUAAUGGAAUUGAGCAGAAACUCCGAGGAAUCAAUCAGGAAAAUGAUCGACCCUCAUCUACGCAUCCGCCGAGCCAUUCGCGCCGACGAUGCCCUCCUGGUCCGCCGUAUCCUCCGCUCGCACCCGAACCUCCUUCACAAUCCCGACUUGACCGGCCCUCGCGACGAAGCUGGCAACUCUAACCUGCACCUUGCCGCCAAGCUAGGUCACGUCGAGAUCGUGCGCCUUCUGCUGUCCCUCGGUCACGAGUCGCACGCCAUCGGACCCGCCCUCAACGAGCAGCACCAAACCGCGUUGAUGCUGGCCGCCGCUGCUGGUCACACAGAGGUCGUGCACGCGAUCGCCGAGGCCGACCCAUCCGUCAUCCACCGCCGCGACAGCCGCGGACGCGACGCUGUCAUGGAAGCCGCCCUGGGUGGGCAUGAUACCUGUCUACAGAUCCUACUGACGUACGUUCCCGGUGGGGCGUACGACGCGGUACGUCAGGCUGAUCUUGAGGGGAACACGGCACUACACUACGCCAGCAGUAAAGGGAACAUGUUGGUGCUUCGGACGCUGCUUGCGGCGGGGGCUGAUGCCGACAGGAGAAACGUAUGGUUGUGGACGGCCGUCGAGUACAGUCAGAGCGUGCAGUCAGAAGUGUACCUGAAGAAUCUGAUUGCCGACAUGGAGAAGAGGCGUGCUUCUAAAAGGGAGGCCGUGAGGGACGAGAGGGUAGGCACCACCGGGUGAUGCAUUUCGGCGCUUGUCGGCACUGUCGGCACUUGUCGAAGCAAUACUUGCUGCUCAUGAUGCAGCUCGCACAUGAGUGUUGUGACAGUAACCUUCGAAGGAUUACGACUCCUAUCCGGUAUUCUGGCUACAGGACCAAGAAACGAUGGUCGAAGCUUGGACAUGAGAAAGACUAUCAUCAUCCCGCCCACAACUCGCUUCAAACAACAGGUUUGAACUGGCCUCCUGUUCAUCCUUUUGGUUGCCAUGAUGUUCAAACCAAACAUCUAUAUCGCAAUUGGUUUAUUCAAGGCCUCACUCGAUCUGAAAAUGCCAAUCCAAGAGUUGCAACAACGACGCCGACGAUAUUCCUACACCUUUGGGCAAGUCGCGCCAGCUGUCGGGUUCAUAUGCCACCCAUGCCAAAUCUCUGCCUAGAUGUUCACAGGGCCAUCUAAAGCAGUCUAGGACAACAAAGGGUGACUCAUCGGCUACCCUCAGGCGCAAGUUGACAAUUAUGACUGUCACUGGAUCUUGGACACCAGAUCAGACACGGCUGGUUGUAAACACCAUUCAACCAACUUGUCUCUGCUCGCAUGAAUACUGAGUUGAGGGUGAUUCAGGGGUACAUGUCCGGCACUUGAAAUCAUUCCACUAUCAAACAACCGAUGGGUGAAUUUGUCAAGUCUCAUACAGUGACUGGAGAAUUUGAUCCCAACUUUGAGGGGAAAAUUUUUUCCUACCUCGCUGCUGUCUAGCUCUUGGUCACUGUCUUGCUCGUGUUAUCUAUCUAGUCUAGUCACAUCCUGUUCGCAAGCAUAUUAACUACGGAUCCUCCCAGCCGUUUCUGCAUCUUUCUUCUCACCCAUUACAACCACCGAUGAUUGCUGAUCCUGCACAGCUCAACCUACCCAAGUCUUCGAGAACUACGAGGCACUGCCGUGUCUCGUGUCAACAAACUGGAUCGCCAACCUCGCGGCCAACGGCCCACAGCUCAAUCACACUCUUAUUCAUCACCUCCUUUCACCCCAGACCUUAGGUUUCCCUACCCAGCAGUCAAGUGCAUCAUUGGCCAGUACUUUCUCUCCAUUGCUACUCCUCGCCGCUACUGGGCCUGGCUCAUUGUCUGUGGUUUUUUUGACGUCGACAACAACGAGGUUUGGCACAAGGAAAUUUUUAUCUCGCAAGACUGUGAGCGCGGCUACAGCCAUUCCACAAGACAGUACGACAACGGACCACUACCUCCUCGGUGGGCUGCUUUGGGUCAACUUCCUCACCCAAGUGACGACCUCUCAAACGUUCGCAUUCGUGGUUACAAGGUCGGUCAGCGAACCUACGAUAUUAUCAACAGUCAAGUUGUCGACGUCACCCGUCCAGAUAGUCCAGUAGUUGUGCGACCUACAUCGGCUACUACAGCUGUCCCUGUACAGUCUCGUACAAACCCAGUACCUGCAAGGCGCUCUCCUCCUCCAACCCCUGAGCCGACAUAUAUUUCUGCUCAGCAAGCCUUCAACUCGUCUUUUCACGGUCGACACCCAUCAGUCGUGAGCCAGAGACAAGGUCGCUGGAGUACUGUUUUCAACCCUUACAUUGCACAGUGGGUUCCUGUCUGGACUCCUGCCAAUUGAACUAGCCUCAGAUCUUGACCUGAUAAAAUGUCGGACCAAUCGAAUAGAGGUCGUACUUCGCGUUCGCAGUCUCGAGCACGCACGCACCCACCCACGCCAUCUCGACCAGCAGCUUCACCAGCCCAGCCAGCACAAACACCUACUGCCUCCACACCCACUGCCGCUCGCUCGGCAACAGCAUCAGCCAACACCCCCUUGCCUCCCGUCAACGGUCCACCUCCCCCGCCUGUACUGCCUCAGUUCCACCAGGCCACCAUGGCCUACUCUGGCAGUGGCUUCAAUGCCCGCUGGGGUCCAGACGGCGGUGGUCCACCAAACUACAUGUAUGGACGUGGCAUGUAUGGCCAACCAGGUCCUUAUGCCAAUAUGCCGAUGCAGUUUCAACAACCUGGUGGUUUCGGCUACUGUGCUCCAAACGCACCCGUUAUAAUGCCCUUCGGCAUUGCUCAGCAGCCCUUUAACCCAUAUGGCGGACAAGGCUACCCACGGCCAGUCAUGACACCAGGCGGGCGACCUCCCUACCCCUAUCCCAUCCUGGACGGGAGUGCGCCUUCGGCCAACAUGACCAACAGCACAGGAGGUGUAGGCUGUGAGCCGGGAUACAGCUACUUUUUCCCACCCGAGCACACCAAGAUACACUUUCUGCGUACAGGCCCAGAUGCACCGUGGCAGCUGCCUCCGGGCACGCACAUCGAAUUCACGGCGGCUCACGUCCCGACCAACAUUACAAUCGCACAGCUGAUGAAGGGCUUUGGAGCUUCCAAUUCCAACCCGCGACUCAACAACAUCUGGGAGGUGCUGCCUGCGGGCAAUGGCAAGUGGUAUAAGGGAAUGCAGUUCAACGGGGACGACAGCGACAGCUGCAAGAAGACUCUCAAGGAGGUCGGAUGGGAUAAGACGAGAAGUGGGCUGCCGGGGGAGAGCCCGGUUGUUUAUCUGUAUGUCACCAAGGAUUAAGAGCGACUCUCGCGGGUUUGUUCGGUGUUUCGUUUUCAUGGUUGCUUAAAUGUGUGCUUGCUUGGCAUGUGCUUUGGCUUAGUCUAGCAUUGACGUUAUUUGCAUUUGUUGAGCGCUGGUUUGUUUGGUCCUUGGGUUCAUUUUUCAGCGCCUGGGUUUCUUAGAACGAGCACAGAUGACGAUAAAUUGCG